UCCUGCGGCGGUGGCCGUGGGGCCAGGCCAGCAUGGCUGCGGCGGGGGGCGCGGUGAGCCGCAGGGGCCCCGGGCGGCCCUGCCCCUUCUCCAUCGAGCACAUCCUUUCCAACCUGCCCGAGCGGAGCCCCCCGGCACGGGCCGCCCGCACCCCGCAGCCCGCCGGCCACCAGAGCCCCGCGGAAUCCGGAGAGCCCGGGGCGCCCGAGGCCGCGCCCUGCGCCUGCUGCUGCUGCUGCGGACCCCGCGCCGCGCCCCGCGGGCCCCCGGAGCCGGCGUCCGGGCUGGGCGAGCGGCUGCCGUGGCCGCUGAAGCUGGGCCCCGCGGCGCCCUUGCCCUUGGCCGCGCCCACGGGAGGCCCGGGGGCGCUGCCCGGCACCGGCGGUCCCGGCCCGCAGCGGCGCACGCGGCGCCACCGCACCAUUUUCAGCGAGGAGCAGCUGCAGGCGCUGGAGGCGCUCUUCAUGCAGAAUCAGUACCCCGACGUGGGCACGCGCGAGCGCCUGGCCGGCCGCAUCCGCCUGCGCGAGGAACGCGUGGAGGUCUGGUUCAAGAACCGCCGGGCCAAGUGGCGACAUCAGAAGCGCGCGUCAGCGACCUCGAGGCUCCUCCCCGGAACCAAGAAGCCCGCAAAGGAGAGCUGCUGAUGGCUCUGGGAGCCACUCCCGGGCUUGGCCGGGCCCUUUGGGGCCGGCUCAGGGAGGGGACAGAUCGACCCAAAAUGGUGCUGACAGAGGACACCUCUUCCCGCCUGCAGGCUUCCUGCAUCCUGCAGCUAGUGCUCAAGCCAGGAGCUUCUCUGCCAGACAGCAGAGAAGCUCCCGUGCCCACCCCCUGUGUCACCUGCCCCAGGAAAGGAGGGAACGCUGAGCAUCUCCAGGUGCUCUCCUUUCCAGCGACUAGGGUCGGGGAGAUUCCCCGGGAGCUGCAGCGGGGUGGGGGUGGGGGGUUGUUGGUUGCUGGGAGCAGGGCACAGAGCAGUUAAGCUUCCUCAGCUCCCCACCAACUCCAGGACAGGAACCAUCCCCUUGUCAGGAGGGCCCAGAAUCCUCCUCUCCCUCCUGGGGUAUGCUGAUGUCCCGCCUCUUCUCAGCAUGGACAUAGGUCUCUUGACAUGGCCAAGGGGGUGAGGGGGGUGUUCUGUGCAUUCUGGGGUUGUCAGCUCGCAUGUCCUGCACUGGGCCUUCCUGUCCAGAGCUAUAGGAUGAGGACAUUGGAUGAGGUCAUCCCCAGAAGCCCCCUACCCUGCCCCUUAAUUCUGUGAGCCUUGCCUGGAUACUGGGAAAUAAACAAGCAACUACAAACGGCACAAAAGCAGUCCAAAGUUCGAAGUCCACCAUGACUUCACUCCCACAUCCAGGGGGUGGGGGCCAGCUGGUCUUGGGGAGCACAGCCCAGUGAGUCCUCAGUUUCUGUGCUCCCCAGCACAGCAGACUACCCCACAGAUCAUGACCUAGCACCCUGGGGGUCUGCACUGGCCUUUAGGUACUGAACGGGUAGAGAUCCUUGGCCUCCUCCUUCUGGGGGAUUUACACGCUAUGUGUCUGCCAUCCUGUUGGGGCAAGAGGAGGUUUGACUGGGGAGGAUGCACCACACCCCCUGCCACUGCCUUGGAAUAUCUGUUUUCCUCUCCAACAUCCCAGCCCUAGGGUGAAGGACAGUGUGAAAAUGAGGCUUUCACUCUCCCCAGUAGGCCUGUACGGUGGGUUCAAGGCACCUAACACCAUCAUCUGGCUUGGGGACCAUGUUCUGCCUCCUCACAGGUCCUGGAAGAAAUUGGGGGAUGGGGCAUCUGAAAGGAGACACAAUCCAUUCAUUAAAGGUGCAGAAGCUGAGCAGGCAUGAUGUCCCCAGCCAGUGCUGCUCUAAC